AUGGCACCACAACGACGGUUUAAGGCCAAACAUCAUCUUUUAUUACUCGAUGAGGUGAACACCAUCAGCCCGUAUUUCGCAAGGAACAAAGAACAAGCAUGGAAGACGAUCGCGGAGAACCUGAAUAAAAUCCCCGAUCAGAUGUUUGGUGGGGAUAAUCUGCUCGAUGGCGUUGCGUGUAAAAAUCGCGUCGAGAUUUUGGUCAAAGCCUUUCGCAGCGAAGACGUACGAAAUGUUGUUAAGAGCGGAACUGAGGAGCAAUAUGGUGACAUCGAAAAGCUUCUCACCAACGUUAGUGCUGCAGCACUGGACUGGGAAACUCAACGGGAGGCUCGAGCAGCCCUCAAGAAACAAGAGCAGGGUAAGCGUGAUACCGAGCUGGAAGAAGCGAACAAAGCUGUCGAAGCUGCUGGAGAAGUCGGCAUCGUAGAGCAGGUUGAAGUGACGGACGAAGAGUUGGUGGCUAUGGGUGCCAUGGAUCCUGCUGAAUUGAAUAACUGCAACGUGAAGAUGACGAGAACGGCAAAAAGGUUCCAUCUCGUCUGCAGAAAAGAAAGACCAGCCCCAAACUUAGUGAAGCAGAAACCGUGGUAUCUCUCAUUUCCCAGGAAUCAGUUAAGACGCAGCGCAUCCGCGAAAUGGAAAAUGCAAGAAAAGGAAAUCGAGGCGCAGAAAGAAAUGAAAGAUAAAGAACUGCAGAUGCAAAAAGAAUUAAAAGAAAUGGAACUGCAGGUGGAAAAAGAGGUCGAUCUGAAAGCAUUAGAAAAUGACCGAUUGCGAAUUGCUGCUGAAGAACGCAAAUGGGAAGCUAUGUUAGCUUGCAUGAAAAAAUAG